CAAAGCCAGCUCUGGCUGUGCCAACAUGGGGCUGCCCCGGGCAGGGCUGUGGCUGAAAAGGCUCUGGGUGCUCCUGCAGGUGGCCCUGCAAGUGGCCGUGGGCAAAGUGCUGCUGACACUGUUUCCUGACAGAGUCAAGCAGCACAUCGUGGCCAUGAACCAGAAGAACCCUCACUUCUCCUACGACAACUGGGUCCCGACCCUCUACAGCACCCAGUAUUUCUGGUUUGUCCUGAAGGUCCAUUGGCAGUGACUAGAGGACACGACUAAGAGAGGGGGUCUGGCCCCAAACAGCCCCGUGGUCCGCCUCUCAGGACAGAGGUGCAACAUUUGGGACUUCAUGCA